GAAUGGCAACUCCUAAAGCGCUCCCCCAGGACAGUGCCUUCCGUACAACAUGGCAGCCCGCGGGACGCAGGACGCACGCACGCACGCACGGCUACCGGAAGUUCCCCUUUGAAACGGAGGCGGCGGACGCGACCGGCUGCGCGGCCGUUGCUUCGGAGCGUCUUUUGAAAGAGAUCGAGGCGGACUGCCUGUGGGAGCAGCGAGCUCCUGGAGCCCCGCCGUACCACCUCGUCACCAUGACCAGCGUGGUGAAGACAGUGUACGCGCUGCAGCCCCCCUCGGUGCUGAACGGCAGCUUGCCCGCAGACAGACAAUCUCGAGUUACGUCUAAAAGUCUACUGCCCGUGAAGACCAAACUGCUCCAUUCAGGCGGUUCGGAGGCCGAGAUGACAAAAAUCAUCAAACCACGACGAGAGAACGGGCAGACGAGAGCUGCAGACACUGCCACUAGGAAGAACGCCAUGAAGAGCUACAAACCAUUGAUUAAGCAGAAACCGGAAGAGGAGCUCAAGGACAAGAACCAGCUCUUAGAGUCAGUCAACAAGCAGCUGCACCUGAAAUUGACUGAAACUCAGGGAGAGCUGAAAGACCUGACUCAGAAGGUGGAGCUGCUGGAGAAGUUUCAGGACAAUUGUUUGGCCAUUUUGGAGAGCAAGGGCAUGCACCCAGGGAGUGAGGCCCUGGGGUCGCAGCAGGAAUCCAGUCCGGAUCACACAGACUCUGUGUUGCUGUUGGAAACAUUGCAAGACGAGCUGCAGCUUUUUAAUGAAACAGCCAAGAAGCAGAUGGAAGAGUUACAGGCCUUAAAGGUAAAGCUGAAGACAAAAGAAGAAGAACGGCUCCGAUUCCUCGAACAGCAAAGCAUAUGUAACAACAAAGUGAACGAUUUUACAACCGCCCUUCAAGAAAUGGAGCAGCUUUUAGAGAUGUGAUCAGAAUGAAGGGCCGAGGGCUCCCCCCGAGGAAGCCCCUCAGGACGUGUGCUUCGGGCCACGACCUAGGACUCGCCAUCCCCUGAAGGAAAAGAGCGUCUGCGUAGGAUUAAGGACAGGUUUAUGCUGGAAUGGCCAUUCCUCCUGUAAGCGGGGCUUCCCAACAGCUUGGUCAGAGCAGCUCAUAGGGGCUGGAGGCACGGCUGGGCUCCUGGCCCGGAACAGCCCCCCAUUCGCCUCGGGAGACUAAAGCAGCCCCAGCCAGAGGCCCCGAGUGAUCACACUCCCACUUUCAGGAGGAACCCAUUUGUACAGUGGAGCACGGGUGCUCCAUGACCGACACCACGGAGGAGUCCUGCUGUCCGCCCCCUUCUCCCAGAACCCUCUCCCCUCCUGGUCGGGCUUCUAUGCCUCGCUGUGAAUUACGAGCUUGAAGGAGCUUGAAAUGGUUUGACUAAUAAAUGGGGUGAAGGUACAGUAAUGACACCUGAAACAAUA